CUUAUAAUAAUACACGUAUGAUUUUGUCUUUGUUCAAAGGAGGAAUAUGUAAUAUGGAAUCUGUACCGUUGAUUUUAAAUAAGCGAUUCCUGACCGUUAAAUCUUUUCCUUUCUUUAAUGUGCUAUGUUGUAGAACAGAUGCGGAUUAGCUCUGUUUUGAGAAAGAAAGGUAAAGGUCAAAACUCGGCAACCUCUCGGAUCUGAAGCGUAAAGAUGCCUCGGUAUGACGAUCGUCACGGAAGUACACGACUCUAUGUUGGCCACUUGUCCUCUCGAACACGGACGCGUGAUGUUGAACGACUCUUUAGCAAAUAUGGAAGGUUUUCUUGGCUAUUGCCAGACCUGGAGGGUGUUUAUGGUGAGAGGGUCUCCUUGGUGGGAAUUCUUUGAUGGUGUAUAAAUGGCGGUUCUCUGUUUGUUGUGUGUUGUUGCGUGUUUUAUUGGUGAAAAACUGGCUACAAAAUCUGUGAUGGUGAAGUAGCACUACUUAGAAAAGUAAUGAUGGCCUUACUGUUUCUGCCAAACAAUUUCCGCAGAGUACGAGAUGUGGAUAUGAAGCGUGACUUUGCCUUUGUCGAUUUUAGCGAUCCCCGAGAUGCUGAUGAUGCAAGGUACCGUUUAGAUGGUAGGGACUUUGAUGGAAGCCGCAUUGUUGUGGAAUUUGCUAAAGGGAUACCGCGUGGUUCUGGUUCUGGUUCGCGAGAAAUAUCUUCAAGCAGAGGGCCUCCUCCAGGAAGUGGACGUUGCUUCAACUGUGGUCUUGAUGGACACUGGGCUAGAGAUUGCACUGCUGGUGACUGGAAGAACAAAUGCUAUCGAUGUGGUGAUAGAGGCCACAUUGAGAGGAAUUGCAAGAACAGUCCCAAGAAGCUCAAGCGGGACCAAAGUUACUCGAGAUCACCAGUUAGGUCUCGAUCUCCUCCUCGUCGUAGAAGAAACCGCAGCAGAAGCAGAAGCCAAAGCCGAAGCUACAGUCGGUCAAGAUCCCCGGUUAGGACUGAAAACGAACGGACUCCUGAACCAGCCGUGAGGAGCAGAAGCCCUGAGCCAACGGUCCUUAACUCUCCACCACUCAAAGAUAGAAACCACAGCCUAAGUCCCAGUGAAAACAGCCCAGUCCCUGAGAACAACGGUCAAAGCCCGAAAGGUCAAGAAAACGGCGAUGCAGCCAAUGGACAUGACCACAGUCCCAGAGACGAACCCAGUCCCUGAGACGACGAUUCACAAAGAGUGAAGAAACUAUUCGAACAAUAUGAUGAACUUGCGGUUUUAUAAGACUUGUAUGGAGUAACUUUUUUUUUUAAGUGUUUGAAGACUUCACUCUAUGACUAUCUCUGUUUUUCUUCUUCUCCCAUUUUCUAAUAUAUAGCAAAAAAAAAUAAAGACAUCAGUUUGCUUCUUUUUCUGAAAACAAAAAAUUGUAUUUUUAAAAGCUUAUCGUUUUAUUCGUCUUUCACAAAUCGGGUUCUUAUCUUGAAGAAACUUUCUGUUUGAUUUAGCGCAAAAAAUGUUUCCUUCUCUUGCGUUAUCGACGGCACCAAUGACCUUGACGAUUAUCUCUGCCACGAGACGGACUCAAGUUUCGAAACUUGAAGCAAAGAAAACCAAGCCGGAGAACAGGCGGCCAACGACGACGUCGACGAGCGGUUUUUCCGGCAGAACAGCGAAGGAGUUGACGUGGCAGUGCGUAGAAGGCUGUGGAGCUUGCUGUAAGCUCGCCAAGGACUUCGCUUUCGCCACACCUGACGAAAUCUUCGACGACCCUGAUGAUGUUGAGCUGUAUCGAAAUCGUCCAUAUUUCUGCCGGGUUGAGCCAGAGGUUUUCCAGACUCUCUACGGGAUCGAACAAAAGAAAUUCAACAAGGAAGCUUGCAGCUGCUGCAUUGAUACCAUUAAGACGAUAUAUGGCUCCGAUUCCAAAGAACUAGAUAAUUUCAACCGUGCAAUCAGAAGUAGUCCAAGCUCGAGUUAACAGUCAGAGGAACUCGAAGUCUCCAAGGAAACACAAUUGCAGAAGGUAGUUUUUUUUUUAACUCACCGGAUUCGAGCUUGGCACAACCGUGGCAGACAAAAGUAGCAUUGAUCUCCUUAUCCUUAGAGUGCAUGUAGAUUUGGCUAGCAGAGAAGUCAGAAGGACAAAGCUCCCAUUCAUCAAACUCUUUGUCUGAUAUGAGGCUGCCUUGCUCAUAGAUUCCGCAUCGCUUACACUUCUCCCCACUGAUCUCAGUCAUCGGCUGUAGUAAGCGACAGUAAGUUCUUACAUUCUUGAUUCUUAUUAAUAGAUACGGUAGUAAUAAACGGAUGUAAAAAGAGAAUUGGGACGAGCCUGCCAUGACUCUUGACCUCGAAAAGUGUACAAGAUGCCUGAUUUGGUUACAUCAGGAAGAACAGUUUUGUUCUCUCCCUUGCAUUGAAAGUAGACGGUGUGUUUGAGUUUGAACCAGUCAUGCUUCGUGAAUAUCUCAAUGGAGUCUAGUGUGAUGAAUUGUGCUCUGACAAAUCCUGCAAUUUUGUAGACAACUUAAAAAAAAAGUCGAUAUGUCCGAGUGGUUAAGGAGACAGACUCGAAAUCUGUUGGGCUUUGCCUGCGCAGGUUCGAAUCCUGCUGUCGACGUAAUUUUAUUUUACUCAAAACUUCCGACCCAACAAACCAAAUUGAAAAUCACAGAUUCUUUGAAAUCUUUUCUUUU